AUGCAGGUAGCAGCCCGGCUGGGGAUAACGCGGGUAUGUGUGGAGACUGAUGCAACACUAGUCAAGGUGGCACUGAUGGAGAACUCCUACCGACUUUCUGCAGUCGGUGGAAUCAUCACGGAGAUGAAGCACCUGAUGAACAGUGAGUUCGUCUCAUGUAAAAUUAGUGUGUGCAAACGUGAUUGUAAUAAGGUAGCUCAAAAUUUAGCUGCUUUCGGUUGUACUUUUCCCAAUGGACAGAUGAACACUUGGGAUGAUGUACCUCAAGCGAUUGAGGUUUUGGUGAUCAGCGAUUUAGCUGGAUCAGAUGAUGAGUAA